AUGGAAAGUUCAGAAUAUGAAACUGUACGAAAUAUGACACUCUUAUUUUUCUUUGAACUCCUUGUGGAUAAGGGUGGACCACGUACACUGCAUGAUUUAAGCUGCCAGUUUGGAGCUAAGGGAUUCACAAAAGAAAUGCGUCAGAUAGCUGGUGGAUCUCAAAGUGGUCUUAAAAAAUUUUUAGCUCAAUACCCAAUGCUUUUUCUUAUUAAUGGCGAUUAUGUAUCUGUAAAUACUUUUCAGCAAGUUGUUGAAGAAGAAAAUGGAUGUAAAUUAAGCAGUAAACGUGAUUAUGCACGAGAGGCUGUAGAAUAUUUUACAAAUAAAUUAAUACAGUAUGGUGUUGGUACAGAGGUACCAAUUAAAAGCCUUCUAGGACAUCGAUCGCAAGCUUCUCCAGAAGUUAGACACAUUUCUGGCCAACAUUAUAAAGAAUUUAGAGAUUUCCUUAUAAAGUUUCCGGAUGCUUUCGUAGUUACUGAAGAUAAUGUAAUGUUAAAACAGUAUGAAGGCAUGAAACCAGAGCCGCCAAUUAAAAUGGAACCCGACAUACCCAUUGAUCCAGAAGUUACUGCAAAAUUAUUAGAUUUUCUUUGUGAAUGCAUUGAACAGAAGGGUCCGAUUCUUGUUGAUCAAAUGUUCAAUAUAGUUAACGACAAAUUUUCCUAUGAAAAUUGGACCUCGAUAUUUAAGACGGCUCAAGAUUUAUGUACAUUUGUAAAAAUGUUCCCAGAUGCAUUUCAUGUUCAGAGUAAUUUGGUAACUUUAAUCGGAAGACCGAAAUCGUCUACGGUAGAAGGAAAGCCAAAAACAAAAUUCGCUAAUUCUGUACGAAAUCAAAAUAGCACUUCAAAUCAAAUAAAUGCGAAUCAAGCUGUACAGUUGAACAACACUCAACCAUUGCAAUCAAUAACUAAUUCAGAAUCUAUUAGUGCUAAUUCAACGAGUCAAACUAAUUAUAUACAGAGUUCUUAUUCUCAAGUGAAUGAAAGCAAUAAUAAUUCUCCUCCAGUAAGCCUACAACAACAAACUUUAAAGCAAAGAAUAAAUACACUUGUAAUGAAGACCUUGGCAGAUAAUACGGAGAAGGAUCGCAGUUUACAGGUUGCACAAAUGGGAGAUGCGUGGAAAUUGAAAGUACUGCAACAGACUAGAGUAAUUGUGAAUGCAAGGGAAAGUCUUCAAAUUAUAGAGGAUAUUAUAAAUCCUCGUAAAUCUCCAUCCGAUGGUAAAAUUGUUGUUUCGAUAGACUGUGAAGGCAUUAAUUUAGGAGUUAAAGGACAAUUAACACUUAUACAAGUCGGUACUAUGUCUGGACAAGCAUAUGUCUUCGAUUUAUUUACAUGUCCUAAUAUUGUUCAAGCUGGAGGACUUCAGAAACUUUUAGAGCAUCCAAAUGUUAUUAAAGUAAUUCAUGACUGUAGAAAUGACAGUGUCAAUUUAUAUAGACAGUUCAACAUUAUGUUAAUCAAUGUGUUCGAUACACAGGCAGCUCAUGCUGUACUUCAAUUUCAAGAAACUGGUAAACCUGUAUAUAAAGUUAAAAAUGUUAAUUUGAAUACAUUAUGUGAUCAUUAUGGUGCUCUAUCUAAUCCAUUAAAAGAACAACUAAAGAGUAUCUAUCGUGGCAAUCAAAGGUACUGGUGCCGUCGUCCAUUAACACGAGAGAUGCUCAUUUAUGCCAGCAGUGACGUUUUAAGCCUGGUUCCGCAAAUAUAUGUUUCUAUGGCUAAACUCAUAAAGCCGGAAGUACAAGUUCUCUUUUCUGAGUUGUGCGAAGAGCAAAUACAAAUGCACAUUAAACCUGCAGAAGUUAAGGCACGUAAGAAGCAAAGGAAAGUGGAAACAGAAGUUGCAGAUUUGAAAAAGAGAAUGGAAGAUGCGACCACGAAAAAUAUUGUGUUGAGUAACCGUGAGAUACGCCUGUUACGUUAUUUGGAUCUUACUGAGGAUGAAAAAGAGAAGCUAAAAGGCAGUUACAAAGUUGCAAGGAAAUUAGAGAAACUUGAAAAUAUGGGUCAGGAUAAAGGAGAUAGUAGCGAUGAUGAUGAUGAGGAUAAAGUUGACGACGAGUAUUAUAGUAUGGAAAGUUAUACCUCCGAAAAUUCACAUUCUGGUGGUAUAUUGUCACCGAGAAACACUGAUACUCCAAGCCUUACAGAAUCGAUGCAGAUGAUGGAUGAAAUACUUUCCGACGAACGGAUGGACAGGUUUGAGAAAAUUGAAAAAUUGGAAGCUAUUCUUUCAGCAGCGACUGGUUCUGCGACCGAUCAGUUCUCUUCAAGCAGCGCGGAUGCGUCUCCAACGAAAUGUGCAUGUUCGUGUCGAGACAAAACCAAGAGUUUACGAACGGAUCGUAACAUCGGCAGUAGCGUGGCUAGCCAAACAUAUAGUACAGGUGAUAUAGUAAUUACCAAAAUAUUUCUCACAGAGGAAGAAAAAGAGCAUAUAGAUUUAACGAAUUCGCCAAAAAAGUAGAUAACAUAGCUGCUGUGCAAGUGGUAGGAACGAAGUUGCCAUUACUACGAUUUUUUUAACGAAAAAAAAAAUAAAA